AAAGCUGAUCUCAGAUCUGCCGGUAACUUCUUGUUCCGGCCAUAAGGCGCGAAGCUAUUCAGCUCAGGUAGCGUGCCAUCACACUGAGGUGGUCAUUUUCAGUUACACGUGGAAUAUUCUGUUCAAACUUGCGCGGGAGCUUUAUACGGUUAAAAACAAUGGCAGAGAAACCGAUGUGGGAGCAAAUCGGCAGCGGAUUCGUGCAACACUAUUAUCAGCAGUUUGAUUCAGACCGCGUGAAGCUCGCCGACCUAUAUACUGAUGCUUCCUGUUUGACAUGGGAGGGGGAGGGAUUUCAAGGGAAGACCGCAAUCAUGACCAAACUAACUAGCCUUCCCUUCCAGAGCAUUCAGCACAUCAUCACAGCUCAGGACCAUCACCCGACUCCAGACAGCUGUGUCAUGAGUAUGGUCAUGGGCCAGCUCAAAGCUGAUCAGGACCAAGUUAUGGGGUUUCAGCAGGUCUUCUUGCUGAAGAAUGUAGAUAACAAAUGGGUCUGCACCAACGACAUGUUCCGAUUAGCUCUUCAUAACUUCGGAGCAUAGUAUUUAGUAUUUACAGUCCAUGCAACUUUUGUAUCCGGAGAAUGGUUACACAUUUCACAUUCUGAACUGGUUUCAUCUUACUUUGCCAAAGAUCUUGAAGGUCCAUGAUCAUCUCCAGAUAAGAAAAAGACAUGUUAAAAACAACUGAUUAUAAUAAUCGUAAUUUGUAUGUUGUGGAAUGCACUGUGUGAAAUUAACUUCAAUUUGAUAAUAAAUUUCCCAUUCAUACAAUCCA